AUGUUGGAUUUUUGUUUGGUGUUGUUCCAGGAAACGUCCGAUUCGCCGCACGUUGCUGCUGCUGGCGGCAUUUCGGUUAGCGCUGGCGGUGGCGGCAAUGUCGCAUGUUCCACAUCGGCCGCUGCCGCUGCCGCAGCCAUUGCUGCGUCGGCCGCCUCCACCUCUCACGGUCUUGACCAAUCGCAAACACCGCCGCCCCUCUAUCAGUGUAUAUAUUGCGGCCACACAUUCCAGCACCAAAGCAAGCUAACGCGACACAUACUCUCGCAUUCGCUAAAAACGCUGGAGUAUCGCGAGACCGCACAGCAUCCGCUCUUGCAUUCGCAUUUGCUGUCGCACGACCUCAAUUUGGCGCAGUUGCCACAAUUUACCACGUACCAAAUGAAUGCCGCCGCAUUGGCGGCUAGCGGCGCCGAUACUCAGGAACAACAGGCAGCUGCCGCUGUUAUGGCUGCCGCUAUGGAGCUGGCGGCCACAUGCGGUAGUGUUGGUGCGCGUAGCGCACUCGAUCUCGACGGCAGUGGUGGCAGACUUGGCCACGGCGGUGGUGUUGGUGGCGGUUCGGCAACAGGUAAUAGCGGCAUUAGUGGCUCGUCAGCGGGUAGUGGCGGUAUGGUAUUGAGCGGCGCUGGUUCGUCGUCUUCUUCGACAUCGGCAGCGGCGGCGGCAGCGGCCGCAGCUGCAUUGGCUGCUUCGUCGUCGACAUCGGGCUCGUUGUUGGGCGCCUCAUCGAGUGGCGCCGAUCCGAAUGGCGUUGUGCUGUGCAAAUUUUGUGGCAAAAGUUUUCCCGAUGUCCACGUGUUGAUCGGGCAUCUGCCGGUGCAUACGGGCGAACGACCAUUUAAAUGUGAGUUCUGUGGCAAGGCGUUCAAGCUGCGCCAUCAUAUGAAAGACCAUUGUCGCGUCCACACGGGUGAACGACCCUUCCGCUGUCACAUGUGCGGGAAGACCUUCUCACGCUCAACCAUACUCAAGGCGCACGAGAAAACCCAUUUUCCCAAGUAUGUGCGCAAAUAUCUCUCACCAAGCCCUGUCGACACAAAGGAUGAACUACCACAAUAGUGAAGCGAUUUUAGUUUGCUACUAAACUACUACUAUUAUUAUUACUACUACAACUACAACAUACAGGAUAAUAAUAAUUAUAAUUACUACAACUGACGAUGAGCGAUCGUGAUCUAUACAUAGCUAGCAGGGACCGAUAUUGGCGAGGUCCGCUUGUAAGAUCAUGAUCAAGACACCAUAAAGAAGAUGAUGCAGGUGAAGCAGUGCCGACUUUGCUAAAAUACAAACAAACAAACAUAAAUAUAAAGUAAUCGAUGACAAACCUCGACGACAAAGAAUUUUGUGGCUAAGCGCAGAGAGUGAUGCCACUUAAUAAUUUAUUUAAAGAAAACAAAAAGUAAAAAAAAAUACAAAAACAACCUAGUAAAACUAAAAGUCUGCAUGAGCAUACAAACAGCAGCAAUUAUAUACUUAUCUUAUACAUAUUUGUAACGUAAAUACAUACAUACAUAUACACAAGAGAAUAAGUGGUAGUAAGAGUGUGUGAAAAAGAGACACAUAUAUAAUGAUACAUAUGAAAGAGACAAGCUGAGAAGCAACACAUAUGCAUGCACAUAAAAACACUUACAGUUAUAUACACAUACCGUUAUUUGAGAGGAAGAGUAAGUGAUGCACGUGGAGAAAGCUAAAGUUAAAAUAAGUAAAAAUUGUCAUUAUAUACAAACAUACAAGUAUAUACAUGAAAAACCAAUAUAUAUCUAUAUAUAUAUACAUAUAUAUACAUGCAUAUAUAUAUAAUAUUUAAAAUAGUUGUAAAAAUUAAUAAUAAUUAACGCAAGCGACAAGCGAAAGCGAAUAGUGAGUGCAGUGUAGAAAUUUUAGGUUAGGAGCGAAGCUAAAAUUAAACGCUAAGCGUAAAUGCAAAAUUUUAAUUGCAUUUUUUACAAAUAGGAUUUGUGUACAGAGUGUGUUGAGCAGGCAAGUUAUAUGACACUAAGAAAAUAGCGUUAGUGAGCAAAGCGUAAAGCAUGAGCGAGCGAUACUAGCCAGAGAACUCAUGCUUGCAAAACGAGAGUGAAAUAUCGUUUGCUUCAAGCAGGCAAGAGAGCAAGCUGUCCAGUUUUCGCUCAAUACAUAAACAUAUGCAUACAUACUAACAUAUGUGUGUGAGUAUAUGAAAUAGUGAGUCCUAAAUUCUGCAACUGUAGGAGAGUAGCAAAUGAAAUAGAGAGAGAGCCGUUGCUUAUGGAGCUGCGCUUUUACAGACAGACAUACAUACAUUAUACAAGUCAUAUUAUUAUUUCUUAAUUAGUAAUCUAUUUUAUUAAACUACAUUUGAAUGUGUACUUUAAAUUUUAAGUGAAAGCAAGUAGUUCUAAGAGAAUUACAAAAUGGGAAGCUGAGAGAGAACGAAAUGAAUAUAAGAAGGUUACGGACAGAGAGAGAAAGAGACAAAGUACGAGAGAGAGUGUCGUGAAAGAGUGAGAGAGCAAAGUUUUCACUUUAUUACAAAGCAGACAAAGCUUGGUUGAUAGAGCGCCCAAAUUUAGAAGGAACAGGAAAUGAGUUGAGAAUUUUUCAAGCUAGAUUUUUUUUUCAUGUUACUUAUGCUUUCAUUGUACAGUUAAAUAAUGUGUAUUAUAUGGUUUUUGUUACAUAUUGCAAUACAAGAAAUAUAUACGUACAUACACAUGCUUGUGUAUGUAUGUAAAUAAUAUUAAUUUUUCACAAUUAACCGUUAGCUGCAACGCAUAUGCUAGCGUUUGCAAGAUCUCAUGUGAUCCGUUUUUUUUUAUAUAGAUAUGUAUAACAAACAAAUAUACAUACACACAUAUAUAGAAACGGUCUCACCUUUGUGGGUGACUGAGUUAAACAUAUAAUCCUUCAAUACAUAUGCACUUACAUAUGUAUGUAGUUAUGUUUCAAAGCAAACCCAAAUAAUUAUCGUUUACAAUAUCGCUAAUAUAUAUACAGAUAAAUACAUACAUAUAUAGCAGCACAGCGACACAAAUAACAGUAAAUAUUAGAUUUUAUAGCGAUAAUUCAGCAAAGUCAUGGUUGUUUAUGCGCAUACGCGUAGUUUACGUUCGAUUUUCCAACAUUCUUGGAAACAAGACUUGGGUUUGAAAGCUCUAGCUUCUCAAUAGGAAUUGCAGUUACCGUUUUUGUUAAAUUUUUCAAUACCGGUUUUCUUUUAUAACAGUUAUAGUCAAUACUUAAGUGUAACAUAUAAUAUACAUAUAUACAGUUUUAUAAAUUACAUAGGUACGAAAUAUACACAAAAAGUAAUAAAUGGCAUUGGAAAAACCAACUUACAGUACGAUGGACUUUUUUACAAUAACAUAGUUGAGCAUUAUGAGCUUUUUACAACAACAAUAACACAACAAUUACAGUUACAAUAGAAUAACCAAUUGGUGCUAAUAAACUACAAACUUAUAUAGAAUGAAACACGAAACGUCAAUACAAACGUACACACACUUAUUUUGCAUAGAAGAACAGCGAGUUACAAAUUAAAAAUGAUUGCCUACAAAAAUAAUACUUUGCAGAAUUAUAUGACAUAGUAAAGGUUUUAUUGAAAGCUCAUUUUAAAUUAUAUCUUCCAUAGAAUGGAUAUACAAAAUUUGAUUUGGUGUAUAAUACAUACAUAUAUAUUCUAUCUUUAAAAGGUCUUUGAAAAAUUGCCAAAGCUUACCUUAUCAAAAAACUGUAAUGAAAGCUCUAAAUUCUACAUACUUCCCAAAGCUCUAAAAACAAUAAAAGAAAUUUGCCUUAUUGCUAUAAAAAAUUUUGCAAAUAAUUUAUAUACAAAAAUAUUAAAAGCCUUGAAGCCUUCAAAACCAGUGCUUUCAGUGCUUUUCACAGUGUGAGAAGCACUCCCAUACAUAUUCAAAUUUUUAAACUUGAAAUUUUUAUGUUUGAGUAACAUCUUAAAAAGCUCUUAUUCGUAUGUUUUAUACUUUUUUAUAAAGAUAUAACAAACAAGUUUCAACUGUUAAUUUCAAAGUUUAAAGAAAUGCUCGCUCAUGAAUUUUAGUUCCAAAAUUGCCUGUCGAGCUUUUUUAUAAAGUCACAAUUAUUUAAAAGCUUCGUAUUAACCCAUUUUUCUCUGAAGGCGUUUUUCUAAGCUAAUGAAAGCUAUCGUUUGAAGUUUCGAUGCGGUGAAUUUCGCAAGCUUUCAUAUUUAUAAGAACUUUCGGCUGAGAAUUUUAUUGCUCAAACUAUUUCCAUUAAACAUUUUUUUUAAGAAGCUUCAUUUAUAAAACUUGUAAAGCUUUAGAAAUAUUGAGUUUUUUAUCCAAUGUUUAUUUUUCUAUUUUAUGAAGCUUUCGAAAUAUGGAUUUUAAAAGCUUUUGUAUGAGGACUUCAUAAUUCAGAAAAAGUCAUGUCCAAAAUCUUUUCAAACAAACUUCGUUGCUAAAAUUGGAGCUUUAAAAAAAUAGUUUUUUGUAUGAUGACUUUAAAUUUUUUUCAAGCUAGCUUUAUUUCUAAUAUUUGUUAAACUUUCAAUAUAUUAAUUUAAAAAAAAUCAUCAAUUUUUUUUUAACACACUUCCUUGCUUAAAUUUGUAAAGCUUUCAAGAUAUGAUUUCUAAGAGCUUUUGUGUGAGAAUUAAAAAUCUUUGCAGACAAGUUCAAUUGGCAAAAUAAAUUAUUAUAUAUAUAUAUUUAAUUGUUUACAACAACAAUAACCUUAACUGCAAUGAGUAAUUUGAUAAGUAUUUAAUUAAGCUUUACCUACAUAUGUAUGUAUGUAGUAAUCUUUUCAUUUAAGAGCUUUCAAUAGAACUAAAUACUAGCCAAAGUGAGCUUUUAAUACAUUUUGAAAAUAUCUUAUAGUUCAGACAAACAAAACUAUGUACUUUUAUAUAAAGCUUUUACCAAAGCUUUUCACUAGUUUUUUAUUACCCGAUAUUGACUUCUUUACUUUGACGAAAAUACAAAAACUCAACCCAAUGGACACACAUGUGCAUAUACAACACGAGCGCAUACAAACAUAACCCCAAAGAAAAUUAAAAACAAAAAACAAUAACAACACUAAACGACUCAAAAAUAACAGGAUUAAAUAAAAAAUUUCAAUGAAAGCAAAAAAUUAUGAGCGAUAAAAAUGUAUGUAAAUGUAGUUUGUUAGAAAAUGAAAGGAAAGUGUAGAUAAGUAUUUCAAAAAGGACUGUGCAGAAUUUUAAGGCAAAAUAGAGAUAAAAAACAAACACUUAAAAGGAGACAAAAAUGUCUAUAAAGCUUAAUAAAUUACGUAGAAAAGGCGACGUAGAAUAGCAGAGAAAAGACACUGAGCAAAAUUAGGGUCAGCAAGCAAGCGAUAAAAUGUGAAACUUAAAUUAGUUGGCGUUAAAGAGGCAGAGCAGACAACCGAAGAGAGCGAGAGCGAUAAAAAGUAAACAGAAAAUUUAUUGCAUAGAGAAUAUCUGUGAUCUUAACGAUAUUUAUAAAAUACAUACAUAUAAAGAAUAAAACGAAGAAAACAAUUUAAAAACUAUACAUAAAAAAUCGAUGGAAAUGAACACAACAACACAAAAAAUAAACAAGUAAACCAAAAUAAAAUAAAUAAAAUUCUGAAAAUAUUAUAAGCAUAAAAGUAAAAAAAAGGCGUAACAGUUUCAGCAUAAAACAGUUAAAGAGGCAAGAAAAAAAAUGUCAUAAAUAUGCAAAUACCGUAGAAGCGUACACAAACAAGUGAGUAAUGUUAUAGAGCGCAUUUGUAGGAAAGCAGUCAGCUAGAAAUGGAAGACAAAAGGCAAAUGAGCGCAUGCGCGUAGUUCUAUAAAAUGUUAUGCUUUGUUUUUGUAUGUAGAGCACGCUAGUAGCAAGGCGAAGGAUCACAACAGGCCACAUAAAUAGUACUUGCGGACAGGCGUAAUUAGCUUUAUAUACAUAUAUUUCGGCUUAUAUGUAUAUACUAUAUAUACAUAUAUAUAUAUAUAUAAAUUAAAUAUAAAACUUAAUACCCACACUCAAACACACACACCACACAGAUAAACACACAGAUACUUGCACACAUGCACAGUUAUUUUAUUUAGAACGCUUUCGGCUAACAGUUAUGCAUAGAAAACAACAAAAACAACAAUAUAUAUUGUAAUCUUAAUAAUAAAAGUGUAAAAGAUAAUACUUUUGCGGCACUUUGGCAUAAAUAUAAGUUGAAAAAAUUAACACUUUA